CAGGAAAGAGCAUGGCUCAGUCGCUUGGCCUAGUCAACUUUUUCCUCUUCUUCUUAGCGGUGCUGCUCCUUUAUCAUUAUAGCAACAUCUUCAGAUACUACUUCAGGAUUUGCUUUUUAAAAGCCUGGUUACUUGGGUGGUCCUUUUUUCUGCUUCCUGUCAUAGCUUUCCGUGGAAGGAAUGUGGCAAAUAUGAGCGUUCUGCGUUUCAUCAUGCUACCUUUGAAACACCUUUAUGGCAUUAAGAUCAAUGUGCAGGGAGCUACAAGCCUAAAUCUGAAAGGGCCAUACGUCAUCAUCUCUAACCUUCAGUGCUCUGUGGACUUGCUUGGGAUUUUUCAAAUCUUGCCUGAGCGAUGUACCCUCUUCGUCCAGAAAGAGGUCCUGUACAUGUUGACCGUUGGUGUUUUCUUGUGGCUGUGUGGUUUCAUUUUCAUUGAUCAUAAAAAGGAAGCAGAAGCUGUUGAGAUAAUGUCAGCAGCAGGAGACACCAUGCUCCAGGACCAUCUGCGAAUAUGGGCAUUCUCUGAAGGCCACAGAACUGGUGAAUCCACCAUGGAGCCCUUGCAAAGAGAGGCUUUCCAUCUGGCAGUGAAGGCCCAGGUGCCAAUCAUUCCUGUGGUGAUGUCCUCUUACGAACCAUUUUUCAACAUGAAGACUAACAAAUUCACAUCUGGGGACAUCACCAUCCGGGUUCUUCCACCGGUGAAGACCAAGGGAUUGAGCCCGGUUGAUACCCCAGACUUAACAGAUCGUGUGUGGGAGACCAUCCUGUCCAACUUCCGUGAGAUCUCAGGAGAGCCUGGGAAACAAGCAAGCGUGGCCAAGGAAGACACCAGACAAGCCACCAAUUAUUAAGGACCUUAGCAACCACUUUUUCCCCCUUCCUGUGCUGCUUCUUGGCCUUUACGUGGAUCUACCCAUUUAUGUGGCUGCCUUGGGUGUCUUAACCGGUGACCCGGACUUGUUGUGCAAACUUCCUUUGGGGGAAAGCCGAGAGAUCCUUGGGGAGCCUGUAAAAGCAGUCCCCUUGGUUUGGGCUUGAGUCUGCUUCCCUUUCCCACGCAGUUUAAAGGGCAGGAAACAAAAAUCAAGGGGAGCUCCACGCGGCGCAACCCCGAUCAGGCUGGGUGCAGUUCCCAAACAGGUUCCUCGGCUGCGUUGCUACGCCAGCCAGAACUGGGGAAGGCGGCGGCAUUGUGAGGCGAGCGCCUGUUGCCACGGCAACCAGCACCUCUGAUGCAAGACAGACAGCUUGGUCUGAGCCAGAGAGAGCCUGUUGGGAGGAAGUAUUCACAAGGUGAUUGUGAGGCCAAGCACGUGCCUCGCACACCCUCCUGAAGGCUGGAGCGGAGGCCUCGCCCUUAAUGCGGCCCCAGGGAUCUCAGCUUUUUUGCACGCAGGUAAAUAUGGCGCAGGAGGACCAUUUCAUCGGAUGCCUCCCGGUAGGAGCUCCCCUGCCUUGCUUUGGCCGUGCAGCGGGCUGUGGGAAUCCCAGCCAUUGUCUUAGUGUGUUGCAUAAAUCGGGCCAUUGCAUUAAACCAUCAUGGGGUUGAGCGCUUUGGGGAAUGGCCUGUUUUGUCAGCACAGCCACGGUCUUUUGUUAACCCAAGUUUAGUGAGUUGUGUGAAUGCAGCCAGAGGUGGUGGGACUACAGGCUAAUGCAUCUGAUUUUUCCAGUUAUUGCAUUGUGUAUGUUGGAGGGACAGAAAGCUUGAGGGACUUGGAACUAUGUCAAUUAACCCUGCCCGAUUAUGGCAUUUUUCCCUCCCAUUGAGGCUUUCCCAGUACAAGACCAGCUCCUGCAGCACUAAUUAUACUUGUUUGCCCAGGAAGUCUAAAAUAAA